AUGACGACACUCGGCAUCCGAGAAGAAGACAUCCCCCGGCUCGACGGAAAGGUCGUCAUCAUCACCGGCGGCUCCUCCGGCAUCGGCCUCGCCUCCGCCAAGAUCUUUGCCCGGGCCGGCGCCAAAACAUUCCUCCUGGAUCUGAACCCCCCCGACGAGCCCGUGGACCACGCGACCUUCAUCCGAACCGACACCACGUCCUGGGCCGACCUGAAAGCGGCCUUCGCGCAAGCCGGCCGCGUCGACAUCGCCGUGGCCAACGCCGGCGUCUCGGAACAGCAGCCCUACUUCCAAGACACCUACGACGAGCAGGGCGAGCUGCAAGAGCCCGGCUUCGCCGUCGUGGACGUCAACCUCAAGGGCACCGUCAUGUUCAUCAAGCUGGCCGUCAGCAGCAUGCAGCGACACCGCCGGCCGGGCGGCGGCUCCGUGGUCAUCACCGCGAGCGCGACGGGCUACGCGCCCGAGCAGAACCUGCCCGUGUACAGUGCCGUCAAGGCAGGUCUGCUCGGGCUCGUGCGCUCGCUAAGGUCGACACUCCCCCGCUCAGACAUCACGAUCAAUGGCGUGGCCCCGGCGGCGACGGUCACGAAGCUGCUGCCCAUGGAUAUCGCCGGGCCACUGAUGGACGCCGGUCUGCCCGUUAGCUCUGCUCACAUGGUGGGUCUGGCCGUGGUGUAUUCGGCCGUGGCGCGCCAGGCCCGGAUGGUGGAGGCCUACGGCAAAGAGACGACGCUGGAUGCGGAGGGCAGGUGGAACGGGCGCACCAUCUUGACGCUCGGGGAGAGCUAUACCGAGGUGGAGGAGAAGCUGGCGGAUCUGCGGCCGGUCUGGUUUGGCUGGCGGAACGCGGACUUGACCAAGAAGCAGCAGACUACUGCAGACUUUAGGUAG